AUGUCGAAUUUAGAACCUCAUCAAUCCUUGGAUUACAGAACAGCGUAUCACACCAAUAGCGGCGGGUACGUGGGUCAUCAUGGGCAGAGCUUCAAUGGACCAGCCGGGGUGUCCCAGUCGAGUACUGGGACACCCAGCACGGAGGCCCAGGGGCCGUCGAGCCAGGCGCAACCAUCGAGCCAGACGUCGACCUCAUCGGCGGCUCAACAGCAGCCUUCGCUCCAGCCGCUCCAUUCGAACCCACAAUUGCAGUCGCAGCACCCUCGAGGGUCGUCGAGCAUGCCUCAGUACCAACAGUACCCUUCGAACUACUACUCGGAUCAGUACCAGCAGCAGUACCAGCAGUUGGUUAAUGGUACCAACCAGUCGUCAAUUCUGAGCCAAUCGAACCAACCCCAGUUGGCCACGCAGCCGCAACCUCACCAGCAGCCACCGCAACCCGUGAAUGCGGGCGCCAUGGGCCAGUACCUGAGCUCUAUGGGCGUUCCCCAGCAAUUCCCCUACUCGUACUACAUGCAAUUUAAUCAGUCGCAGAACCAGUCCAACGACAUGAACUACCCAUACUCCCGUUACUCGAACUAUCCACCUACAGCGGCCGCCGCGACCGCCUCCACUUCGUCAUCGGCGGCUCCUCCUCAAAAUUAUUCGGUUUAUCAACAGUCGAUCCCGCAGAUUAACAACCAGAUCACUCAACCACAACCACAGCACUAUAGCAAUGUAAAUAAUCAUGGCACCACACCAGCACCGGGCGGCGAGACCGCCGCCGGUUAUUCGUCCAACUAUACUCCCGUUCCUGACACGCUUAACUCGUCAAAUAAUUCUUCAGUGGGUCAAUAUCAACCCCCAGGCGUUAGGCCAAGAGUCACCACCACCAUGUGGGAAGACGAGAAGACAUUGUGCUACCAAGUCGACGCCAAUAAUGUUUCUGUUGUCAGAAGAGCCGAUAACAAUAUGAUUAACGGUACGAAAUUGUUAAACGUUGCGCAGAUGACAAGAGGCCGUAGAGAUGGUAUUUUGAAAUCAGAAAAAGUUAGACAUGUGGUCAAAAUCGGAUCGAUGCAUUUAAAGGGUGUUUGGAUCCCAUUCGAGAGAGCCUUAGCAAUGGCCCAGAGAGAAGGCAUUGUCGAUUUAUUAUAUCCGUUAUUUGUCAGAGAUAUAAAGCGUGUUAUUCAGACUGGGGUAACUCCUGCCAACAAUGCAUCAGCAGAACCUGCAGCAGGGUCGGGUACUCCUGGUGUCACGGCACCAGCUGCUGCUCCAAAUAACCAAUUGAGUACCCCAAGUCAGUCAACUGCUGGUACGUCAACUAUGAAUUUGAAUAACUAUUACCCUCCAUAUGCACAAUAUCCUCAACCACAAGCAGGUGGUGCUGAUCCUGCUACAGCUUCGAACCAAUCACCACAACAAAACGUAAGUGAUUUCCACUCAUCUCAAGCACAUCAACAGCCUGGUCAACAACAAGUUUACAGUUAUCAACAACCUUAUUAUGCUCCAAACCAAUAUUAUCAGCCUUAUAAUCCUCAAAGCAAUUACUCUUCCUAUAAUUCCCAACCUGCUUAUCCUGGUUACGGCUAUGUGAAUCAACAAUCCCAACAAUCCCAACCUCAAGCGGGUCAUCAACAAUCUCAACAGUUACCUCAAACACAAGGUCAAUCGGGCCAAUCUCAUAGUUCUUUACCACAACCAUCUGAUCCAAACACUUCGAGUCUUGAGGCUGGUCAUGCCAACGAAACAUCAUCUACUACAGACGAUAAACCUAAGCCUGAAGAAAAGGAUUAA